AUGAGCACAGAUACUCCAAUGACGAAAACUUCGAAUUGCAGUAAUUGCAAUGAGAGUGCAACUGAAUCACUGCACAGUCUUUUGGAAGGAGAAGAGGCUAGAAGUAGAGAAGACAGGAGUAAGAGGAAGAAGAUUAAUAUAUGUUGCAAUCCAGUUAGCCAGGUUGUGUGGGGCGUUAUAUUUAUCAUUAUCAGUAUCAGCGGAUACAUAUUCCCGCCACGGGAGGUCAUGCUUUGGGAGAAACUUAAUAUGAGGCCUGGUUUCCCGCCUUACGACUGGUGGUCGGAUCCUCCCGACCAAGUCAAGAUGAGAGCUUACAUCUUCAAUGUCACCAACCAUGAGAGGUUCCUACAGGGUUUGGACCCUAAGAUAAAUGUGGAGGAGAUAGGACCCAUUGUGUACUUGGAAAAACUAAAUCAUUUGGACAUCAAAUUCAAUGAAAACAGUACAAUGACGUACACAGCCAAGCGACAUCUCAUAUAUUUGCCUGACGACAACCACAUAGACUUAAAUGGGACCAUCAUUGCACCAAAUUUGGCAUUACUGGGCAUAGCCUCAUAUCUCCACCAUGCAGAUUUUUUUAUACGCAGCGGUUUCGUUGGUUUGGCUAGCUUACAUUCGUCUAAGUUUUUCGUGAAGAAGACAGUAUACCAGUAUCUAUGGGAUUUUAGAGAUAGUAUUCUGGACACAUCACAAAGAGUCGUCCCGGGAAUGGUACCCACAAAUAAUAUGGGCAUGCUAAGUCGGAUAUACGACGGUUUUUCUGACAACUACACCGUGAAGAUAGGCCCGCAAUGGGGCCACCACGAGUUCUUCAAGAUAGACAGACUUAAUGGAGCUCAGAACUUUAGGGAAUACGACAUACAUAAAUGCCAAGAUCGUGUGACGGGUGCCACUGAGGGUGUUAUGUAUCAUCACCACAUGUCAAAAAGCGACGUCCUUUACGCCUUGAGGAAGACCGUCUGCAAGCCUUUGCCUUUGUACUUUGACAAGGAAUUAAAGAUGGACGGCGUGCCUGUAUACCGUUACAACUUAUCAGAGCGAGCGUUCGAUAGACAGAGGAACGGAAGUGACUGUUACGCGACGGACGACCCACUUCCGGAUGGCGUUAGUGAUGCAUCCAAAUGUUUCUUUGAUUUCCCAAUGGUGGCAUCCUACCCUCACUUCUACACGGGGUCACCACACAAGGAUACUUACGUGACCGGCUUCAAGCCUGACAGCGAAAAACACAGGUCAUACGUUAUAGUGGAACCGAUAACCGGUACUCCAUACGACGCGGUUGCCAGGUUACAAUGCAACCUUCGUAUCAGCGACCUUUCCGGUUUCUAUUCAAGCAUGUACGAAAAGUUUUCAAAUCUCAUCUUACCUAUUGGGUGGAUAGAAUACCACCAAGAAGGUCUGCCAGCUCGCAUCAAGCACGCCAUAUACUUCAUGGUCGUCAUACUCCCGCCUCUAUCAACAGUCAUUUUCAUAAUGACCUUCCUACUCGGCAGUUCAUUAAUAAUAAAACAAAUUAUAACACAGAAAAUAAAUAAAGAAAUACUACCUUCUAUAAUAAAUUUUAAAUCACAAAAAGAUAAUAAAUUAACAGACAAUAACAUAUAUACGUACGAAAAGGAAUUAUUUUUAAGGAAACCACAGCUGUCUAGAUGA